CUGUCACCACUCCACUUCCAGUUCCAGUUCCAGUUCUUCGAGCUACUCAGCUGCUGCUACCCGGCCGUCCACGUAGACUGCAGACACGCCCACUCACCACUCCGUGCACGCAGAGAGGGAGAGCGAGAAUUGGCCACUCCGUGCACGCAGCGAGGGGGAGGGGAAGGGAAUUGCCGGCGAGGGAGGAGAUGGGGAUGCGGCCGGGGUGGGUGGGCGGCUUGGUGGAGGAGAGCUUCUUCGUGGGGUGCGAGGCGCACGAGAACCGCAAGAAGAACGAGAAGAACAUCUUCUGCCUCGGCUGCUGCGCCAGCAUCUGCCCGCACUGCGCCCCCGCGCACCGCCACCACCCGCUCAUCCAGGUGCGGAGGUACGUGUACAACGACGUGGUGCGGCUGGACGACCUGGAGAGGCUCGUCGACUGCUCCUUCGUCCAGCCGUACACGAUCAACAGCGCCAAGGUGAUCUUCCUGAAGCCGCGGCCGCAGUCCAGGCCCUUCAAGGGCUCCGGCAACGUCUGCCUCACCUGCGACAGGAUCCUCCAGGAGCCCUUCCACUUCUGCUGCCUCUCCUGCAAGGUGGACCACGUGAUGGGGCAGGGCGGGGACCUGUCCAACAUCCUGUCCGUGCCGGGCGGGGCGCCGCCGCCGCCGGACCUGGGCUGCGGCUUCCCGCGCUUCGAGUUCGAGAACCUCCGAGUUGACGGCGACGGCGGCUGCGACGACGACCCCGGCCAGGUUACGCCCGACUCCACCCUCGACGGCCCCACGCAGCAGGCCGCCGGCUGCUACGGGGGCAGCGCCAGCGGCUCCAGCACCAGCGGCGGCGUUCCGAGGAGGAAGAAGACCGGCGGCGGGUUCUUCCCCCAGAUCGUCCUGUCGCUCGGCAACCGGCGGAAGGGCGCGCCCCACCGGGCGCCGCUCGCCUGACGGCCCGCCGGCGACGACGGCCGGCGAGCACACAUGGCCGGCACUCCAAGUCCACCCGCCGCGCACACGCACAAUUAGUGUGCUGACCACCAUGCUGUCCAUGCAUUACCGUUAGCUAAGCCUUGUUUAGUAGCCGUGCUUAAGUGUAAUCCCGUGAUUAGCCAUGUAGAGACAGAGAGUGUGUGGGUUUGGUUGGUUGGGUGCUGCGUCUGGGAGCGAUGGAUGGAUGGAUGGCCUCUUCUUGUCCUCUAGGCCGGCCCCCCAUGCAUGCACGCCGUCUCGGUGAAGUGUUUUGACGAGACCUGAGAGAUCGAGCGAGAGGAGGCAAGGCAAAAGCUCCAGCUGCUGCCCCCCGUUGCAAGCCCAGGCAGCCACAGGACGACCCCGCCGCGGGUCCCCUCGGCGGCGGCCGCCGCCGGCUGCCAAUUUUGUACUCGAUGUGCGACGGGGGGUCGCGCGGCGCGCUCGACGUACGGCGCGCGACGCCAUUGUUAAGUUUGUCCAUGACCAAUAUAUAUAAUACUAGAUAUUGUCCAUCAACCA